GCAGAAUUUUUGUUGUUCGAAAUUUUGAUUUAGCUAGAUUCCAAUUGGACACCAUUGAACGCAUCCAUUUUUAAAUUCUUUUUUUCGCACAUACUUGUUAUCUUUUCAAAUUAUGUUGAUGGAAUACGAUUCGAUUGAUGAUAUCCUGAAACGUUUCUUGCCGGAAAAUGAAUUACAAGAAGUGAAUCGAAUUUUAUACGGCAAUCAAAAAAAUCCGAGACAUUUGGGUUCAGAGAAUCUACCGGAUUAUUAUAUUGAAAAAUACCGUUUCGAAGGAUUUUCUCGAAAUAGACUUAAUGCUAGAAUGAUAAAAGUGGCUGCAAUUCAACAUUCCAUUGUGUUACCCACAAAUGAGCCGAUUAGAGAGCAAAAGAUGAAAUUAUUCGAGAAAAUCGGAAAAAUAAUAGAGAAGGGUGCUGCACUUGGUGUCAAUAUAGUCUGUUUAACCGAGACAUGGAAUAUGCCUUUUGGAUUUUGCACACGUCAAAAAAUGCCGUGGUGUGAAUAUGGUGAAGAUUGUGAAAAUGGUCCGACAACCAUGUUUCUAAAACGGUUAGCUCAACAGUAUCGUAUGGUAAUCAUAUCACCGAUCUUGGAGCGUGAUUCAAAUUGUGGUGACAUUCUAUGGAAUACAGCCGUUGUCAUUUCAGAGUGUGGAAAGAUUUUGGGCAAACAACGAAAAAAUCACAUACCAAUGAACGGUGAAUGUGAAUAUUAUACACAUGGAACAACUGGUCCACAAGUUUUCAAUACAACAUUCGGUAUAAUUGGAGUAACAAUAUGCUUUGAUCGACAUCAUCCACAAAAUUGGAUGGCAAUGGCAAUGAAUGGUGCUGAAAUCGUAUUCAAUCCAGCAACAACCGCUGUCAACGAGCAUUGGUGGCCUGUUGAGGCGAGAAGUGCUGCUUUUGAUCAUAGCUAUUAUACAGUGGCUAUAAAUCGUGUUGGAACUGAAAAAUUUACUUUAGAAUCAGGUGCAAAGAAGGUGUUCGGUCCAUGUUUUGGAUCUACGUACAUCACAGCACCAGAUGGGGGUCGUACUAAGAGUUUGUCGCGCCAUAGAGACGGAAUGUUAUAUGCUGAAUUGGAUUUGGAUCUCUGCAAACAAAUGAGAGAAAAAUGUGGAUUUCAUGAGUCACAUCGUUUGUCGUACUACAAAAAUAAAUGGAUUCAAGCCGCUGAUACAUCUUAUAUUCCACAAAUUAUUCCACAAAAAUAAAUAAAUCCACGGAAGUUUGUCUAUCCAA